GCUCUGGUACCGCAGAGUCAGCCGGGCUCCCCGCCGGGUCCUCGUCGCGGAGCCCCGCACGACCUCGAUCCCCCGUGACCUCGACCCCCGUGCGCCUGGCUGACACCCCGCCUUUCUCUUCGCGCUCUUUCAGGAAGACGCCGGCUGACGACCCUGGGUCUUGGUGAACAGUUCGCAUCCACGUCCCCCGCCCGCGCGCCUAGAAGCUGGAUCUACGGCGGGCCAGCCACACAGUGGGUAACUGCGGGCGGCAGCGGGGUCCAGAUGUCAAAGGUCCCCACCUUUAAGAGUCGACGGCAGGCCGCUACUUGCUGGUGGGUUGCGGGGGAGACUGGCGCUGGAUUUGAGAGUCCCAACUGAUGUGCAGAAUGCUGAAUCUUCUCAUCAGGACGCAUCAGACAGAGCGGAAUAGAGGACUCGCAUAAUCCCGGGGCGGCAUUUUGCAACUUGUCUCCUCGAACGUGGCGCCAAGCCUCCUGUAGGUAGGGAGUGGGGGUCUGGGUCCAAAGCAGCGGGUGGAGGGCGUCCGCGGACACCCCGCUCGCCCCGCCAUGUCGCCUUUCAUGCCCUGCCCCUUGGCGUGGCCUUCCGAGAGUUUCCAGGGCUGGCAGGGGUUGCUUCCCAUCGGCGCACUCUCUGUCACCCCCGGCCAACCCCAGCGGGCAAGGCUCCCCCAAGCCCAGACCUUUUGACUCCCUGCUCCCUCGAUCCCGCCUCCGCCCCCGCCCCCGCCCGGGGGUGGCCGUGGAGAGCCGGACCUCGCCCGGCCGGCUGGCUAGGACCAUGGUGUUUCUCUCUGGAAAUGCCUCAGACAGCUCCAACUGCACUCACCCGCCGGCUCCGGUGAACAUUUCCAAGGCCAUUCUGCUCGGGGUGAUCUUAGGGAGCCUCAUCAUUUUCGGGGUCCUGGGGAACAUACUCGUGAUCCUCUCCGUGGCCUGCCACCGGCACCUGCACUCGGUCACGCACUACUACAUCGUCAACCUGGCGGUGGCCGACCUUCUGCUCACGUCCACCGUGCUGCCCUUCUCCGCUAUCUUCGAGAUCUUGGGCUACUGGGCCUUCGGCAGAGUCUUCUGCAGCAUCUGGGCGGCGGUGGACGUCCUGUGCUGCACCGCGUCCAUCCUGGGGCUCUGCAUCAUCUCCAUUGACCGCUACAUUGGCGUGAGCUACCCGCUGCGCUACCCCACCAUCGUCACCCAGAAGAGGGGACUCCUGGCUCUGCUCUGCGUCUGGGCGCUGUCCCUCGUCAUCUCCGUGGGGCCUCUGUUCGGCUGGAGGCAGCCGGCCCCGGAGGACGAGACCAUCUGCCAGAUCACCGAGGAGCCCGGCUACGUGCUCUUCUCGGCGCUGGGUUCCUUCUACGUGCCGCUCGCCAUCAUCCUGGUCAUGUACUGCAGGGUCUACGUGGUGGCCCGGAGGGAGAGCCGGGGCCUCAAGGCGGGCCUCAAGACAGACAAGUCGGACUCGGAGCAGGUGACGCUCCGCAUCCAUCGGAAAAAUGCCCCGGUAGGAGGCAGGGGGAUGCCCAGCGCCAGGAACAAAGCGCACUUCUCUGUGAGACUCCUCAAGUUUUCUCGGGAGAAGAAAGCCGCCAAAACACUGGGGAUCGUGGUCGGCUGCUUCGUCCUCUGCUGGCUGCCUUUUUUCUUAGUGAUGCCCAUAGGGUCUUUCUUCCCUGACUUCAAGCCCUCUGAAACAGUUUUUAAAAUAGCAUUUUGGCUCGGAUACCUAAACAGCUGCAUCAACCCUAUUAUAUACCCGUGCUCCAGUCAAGAGUUUAAAAAGGCCUUUCAGAAUGUCUUGAGAAUCCAGUGUCUCCGCAAAAAGCAGUCUUCCAAACGGGCCCUGGGAUACACUCUGCACCCGCCCAGCCACACCUUGGAGGGGCAGCACAAGGACCUGGUGCGCAUCCCUGUGAGCUCAGGAGAGACCUUCUAUAAGAUCUCCAAGACAGAUGGGGUCUGUGAAUGGAAGUUUUUCUCUUCCUUGCCUCGUGGAUCUGCCAAGAUUACAGUGUCCAAAGACCAAUCAGCCUGCACCACAGCCCGGGUGAGAAGUAAAAGCUUUUUGCAGGUCUGCUGCUGCAUGGGGCCCUCGACCCCCAGCCAUGGAGAGAACCAUCAAAUUCCAACCAUUAAGAUCCACACCAUCUCCCUCAGUGAAAACGGGGAGGAAGUCUAGAGGACAGGAAAGGUCAGAAGGAAGGGGGGAUAAUCUUAGGCAUGUUCAUUCUUCUUGGAUGACAAGACAGAACCCUCCAACCAGGGACCAUCUGGGAAUGGGUCGGGGAGGAGACCAACUCUUGGGCAGUGGGUAGGGCUCAGGGAGGAGGGAGGAUGUCACACGGCCAUCCAGUUCAAAAUGAGGAUAAACAGCACGUCCUUGAGGCUAAUGCUCUCUGGGGCAUCCUCUGAGCCCGCUCUCCACGUCUGACCCCUUCAUUGAAAAACACCAUGGGAAACAGAAUUUCAUGCACCAUCCAAAAGUCUAUAAAUAUAGGAUUAUGAUUUCAUCAUGAAUAUUUUCAGCACACACUCUAAGUUUGGAGCUAGUUCUCGAUGGAGUGAGGGGAUUUUAUUUUCAGGCUAAACCUAUUGACAGCGGUGUUGGAUAUUUACAGGGUGAGGGCCUGGAGAGGAAGAGCCUUAAGAUGGUGGCUGAUACUCAUUAUUUUUAGAGCAAGUUUUACACUUCAUUUCUGAUACAUCCAGUGUCUCAGCUUGGGUUAAACUUGACAGUGAGAUUUACGUUUUUCGGGGACUUGACCAGCUACUUCUCCUGAUUCCCUAAGGAUGAGGGUGAGGGGCACGCAUAUCUCUGCACUGAAGUAGGCACAUCCUUUAGGCUUGGGUCUAGAGUGUGUUGAAAGAACCAGCCAGUGAAAGGAUAGGUUUUUCCUAUUGGAAGACAGUGGAGAUGAGGGUAAUUUUUUCAACUUAACUACUGUGGACAAAAUUCUAUUAAGCAGUUCCUAGAUCAGAUGGAGGAAGUCUUCUCAUGUAAAGUAUUUAAAGACCAAAAGGUUGGGGUGGACUGGGUGCUAAUUUCAUGCUAAAUUAGAGGCUGCAAAAUUACUCUACAGCCUCUUUGACAUGGCCUAGAAAGAUCUUUCUUGACAAAUCACUUACCUUUUUCAGAACUCUACUAUGAAAAGCCACAGGUGAUAAUAUUUUGAAAGGCACAUCUUGAUUUCCAUUUCUUCUCAGCUGCUUCACUUUUGCAUAGUGGAUGAGAGCCAAGGUCUCCAUGCACCUGUAGAAUGUUGGAAUGAGCCUUAUGAUCUAAGUAUAUCCUUUCUGAAAUUUGAGUGACACACACUUAUCUUGGGAGCAUACUGACUAAAAGCCCAUCAAUAGCAGGAGUUUGCAAAGAGUUUUUGACAGAUGUCCAUUUAGUCUGGUAAAAGAUCCAGUAUCCCAUUCACUUCAUUUAUUUCCACUUUCUUCAGGCAACAUGCUAUUUUUUGGUUUUUGUCUACCAAAUUUUGGUAAACCUUAAUAACUCAGUAUACCUACUAAAUAUGAAGAUGGUAAUUAUAUGUAAAAAUUAAAAUAUUUUUCAUAUUUCACAAUAAGAAUUUAAAAUGAGGUUUUGAAAUAAUUAUUGACAAGAAUCACUGUUCUAAAACUACUUAUCAUUUCAUGGGCUCUUUCCCCAUAUUUGGGUAAUUCCCUCUAAAAAUUUUGAAGUAGAAUGUAGCCGUUAUUUAAACCUUCACGGCAAAAUAGUAGCCAACAUCAUCUAUUUCUUCUUCCCUUGCAGCAAAAUGAUAAUUUCCUUAAAUUCUUCUGAAAGGCUAAUACCUGCGCAUACUGCCAUGGAGGGAAUGUUUGUAUGUGGACUGGAUUUGGUUGUUGGUUGUGUUUGGACAUAGAAUAUUACCACUUUCUCACCUCUUUUUGGAGAGUGUCUUCUUGCUGACCGGAUAGACAUUCUGCCUUGGGCUCAUAAAUUGGAUUCUGGCAUUAGAUGUUGGCUGGAUUUUUAGGCUCUUCUGGUCUUUCUGCAUGGCCCACAACAGCUCUACCAGAUGUGGCUGUCCUAUUAUGGAUGUAGGCACCAGGGAAGGAUGUGAAUAUGCAAACCUCGCUCCUCUUCUGCCUUAAUAGGAAAAAUAAGUUUCAUUAUUGAGAAGAACUUCUUUCAGAAUCUGAAUUUUAAAAAAAACUCUGGCCAGGCUUCCCCUUCCAGGAACAACAUCCCCAUGAAAGAAUGGUAACAGUUUUCCUUCAGCAAAAUAUGCCUCCAUGUUUGAGAUGAUCUUUAAACUGCAUUACUGACGAAUUUAAAUAUUAGAUAUUUAAAUUUAAGUUUAAGAUCACCAGGAAGCUAGCAUUAAUGCCAGUGCUAAUCAAAAUAAACAACUAGAAAAUCUUUCCAUCAUCAGACAAAAGCCAUGACAAUUGUGUUCAUGCAAAAUGAUCCAUAAAUAAUUGUCUGCUACACUCUUCUCCGACCCACUCCCUCCAGGGAGGUAAACUUUAACAUUUUUUUCCUUUCCCAUAAUAUGGUAUUAUGUAUAAACACUCCAAUUUUACAAGAAAUUAAUAAUGUCACCCAAGACUUAGCCAAAGUGGGAUAACAAUAUCCAAGAUAUUUUUUAUUCACCCACAAAAAAUCUCUGUACCUUUGAGCAUGCCAAAAACUAUCUAAAAUUGUCACGGUUUAACAAAUGGUGGUCAUAUUUAUACUUACAUGUGUACUGCAUCUAUUUGGAGUUUGAAGAAUUUGCCCAGGGCAACAAGGGUCAGAAUGUCUUCUCUAAUGUGUUAUGAAAAGCAGCUGCUUUGGGAUUGUCUCCGCAGCACAAAAAGUCAGCUUGACUUGAUGGGAUAGGCAAAACCUGAUUUCUUCUGCAAUUCAAAUUGCAUGCAUUAAGAGAGACCUUGAAUCUCUUUAUUCAAAAAUGUCCCCAAAUGUUUGCAAGGAUUUCAGGAAAGCAUUUUGCUUGUCACCGUUUUCUUCCUUUCGCCUCUGUUGUGUCUCAUCCGAGACCGCUCCUGCCUGUAAUCACUCAGUGUUUGCUAAACUCUCCAAAAUAUUGAGGCUUGUAACUCUCUCACCACCUACUUGAAUUGGUCCAUCCAUGGUAGACGGUGGUAUUUGGGUAAAUAAAUAUUUUCUUAAGGCUUUUUUGUUAAGUGCUACUGUGUGCCAGGCAUUACCAGGGCAUUUUUGUAUCCAUUGUCCCUAAACCUUGUAGCAAUUUCACAAUUUCAAAAAUAUUCACAUUUUUUAGAUUAAAACCUGAUAGUUGAGAGUGAUUAAGGACUGGCUCAAAGCCAAGGAGGAACCAUGAUUCAAUCCUGGUUCUCCCUGACAUUAAAGUCUGCAUGUUGUUGUUUUUCCCCACAGUACCCCUGCCUCAUGAAUAGUGGGGGUAGAAGUCCCCACGUCAGGACCGGGUGUGCUAAGGAUGCUAAGCCAGGCCCGAACUUUUUAAUGCGUUGUUCCCUUGGGAUUUGCUUGCCAAUUAACUUUGAUAAAUAUCCUGCCAAAUAUUCAUUCCAGCCAAAACCAACAAAUAGCAGGUCAUAAAUGAAAGGGUUUGGCGUCUAUAAUUCUAUCAGACGGCACCGCUUUCCUAGGGAUCACUGCCUGGAAUGUUACUCAGGCUUUGCAAGGAGCACAAACUGUAUGAAAUUGGGAGAAGAUGGGCAUGUAAGAGAAUGCAGAAGAGGCUGCUGCAUUGGCCUAGAAUAGCAAAACACACGUGUGGGUAUGAAAUACUUUCAUAGGGUACCGGCGUUAUUGACUACCAACCACAGUUAAUUGGCACACUUUCGGGAAAUAUAUCAUUUUUUAAACUAAAUAAAAACAAAUAUGACAUCACUUUUCUCAACUGUAUUCCAACAAUUUUGUUUUUUUAGUUUGAGAAAGAGAAAAUAAAUUAUAGGUAUUUCACCAGGAUUGCAAAGAGCUCAGAGAAUGUGUCAAAUAUGUGAAUGCCGUAUCUGUCACGAUGGGGCCCUGGUUCAGAAUGCUGAUCUCCAGGUAGCCAGAGACCUGGGCAAAUUUUGAAGAUGGGGAAUCGGUUGGCAAAGUGGCUACUUAUUAGAUGGCCUCCCCUGGGUCCUGGGUUUCCUUUCUUAAAUGAACACUUGAUGUCCUGGGUGUCCCGGCCUCCCUACUCUUUCAUAGUGAGCCAUCAUGCAGGCCCAGUAGGUUUCCUGCUUGUAGCCUGAGAGAACAUUUUAAGACCUAUUUGCUUGGGAGGGUAAUUAUUCAGUCUUUAAUCACAGCUACUUAAUCACAGCUUGACACACAUUUUCACUUGCUCCUGGGGCUGGUUCUGCUCAGGUCCUCUUGCCAAAAGAGAUGCUGCCUCUGCCUACGUGUUGACUUAAUUAAGGGAAGAGCUCUGUUUAUCAGCAAAGGGAGAAGGGAGCCCAAGUGCAUGGAAGGUAAACUCUGCAAGUGAAGCAGGGUGUUGAAAUAGAAGGCAGAGGUGGUAACUAUGGAGACAACAUCAGAUGUAUGCUCACCUGUUACUCUGAUUUCUUUUAAAACUACUAGGACUUUUAACCAUGAAACCACCUGCACACAGCUCCAGUUAAGCUAGUUGGAACACUGUUGGCAACUGUUCCUUGUCUACAAAGUGUGCUGUGGAGUAGGCAUCAUCUUCAAAAAGCAAUGGCAGUAGUGGCCUUCUGGCCUCCAAAGUCCCUGCAAGAUGACUGUUGUAGGGCUGGGCUGGCAAAAGCAAGUCAGGAUUUCAACAGAGGACACCGGCCCCUAGCCAGUGCUCCCAUCAGCAUUACCUCAUUCAUGUUCCCAAGACCCAAAUGUCACGGGGGCUGAGGAUGGACCUUAUCUGCCCUGUGCAGGAAAAAGCCAUCUCUCCUUUGCUCUUGCAACACAGAUUACUGAGUGCCCCACCCAAAAGGAAGGUUAUGGCAUCGGGGAGGGGACUGUUGAGGAGAAAGAAGAUUUACCAUAGAUAUUCUCAAAGCAGGAUGGAUGGUUCAGGAAUACGUUACUGCAAGUGAUAAGCAAGGAACUGCCCUAAAGCUAUGCAUAUUCAUUUUCUCUUUCCUUUUUGUGUAACUGCGGAGUUAUUACAUUACUUUCCCUCUGUGCCAUAGUCCACAUUGCCACCUUAUCAGCUAGAAAUGAUUAUUGCUAAACACUGAAAAAUUCAGACUUAGUUGGAUCAAAAAAUCUAAGAGCAAAUGUAUACUGUAUCUGGAGAAAAAAAUAAUAAAGAUGCUGACCUAUUAAAAAGCC